AGAUAUGUAUAACCAAAUUCAGUAUCGUUUCCAAAUUUCUAUUGAAAGGAACUUCGGAAAAUAGUUCCCACAAUUUUUUUUUUCUGCUCCUGAACAAAUACAACUAAAAUCCAUAACUUUAAAUUCAACACACAACAUAAAUUAAUUUUUGUUUCUAAAUUUCGUUUUUAAGUUUUUUUGAUUUUUCCGUACUUGCAUCGUGCAUUCUCUCAUGUGCUUUCGACUCGCUUCAAUUAUGGCCAAUAGACUGGAGGAGAGGGAGAGGGAGCGGGAUGAGGAAUUCCCUCCGCCCGCGCGACGCGUUCAGCUGCGUUGCGGCUCAGAUGCCCCAGAUGCUCCAUCGGGUUCUACCACUACCACUGGCACUCAAACACUGUCCAAGCUGUGGUGCCCGACUGCCCAGUGCGUGGACUUCCGCUACCUCAAGCAGGAGCUGCACACCGCCGAGGAGCAGCUGUUCUUCCUCAACGACCUGAAGAAGCAGUUCCGGUGCGUGCACUUUGAUGUGGAAGUGCUGCAGGAGCAUCUUGAGGCCCUGGAGCGGGCCGGCAUUGACACGCUGAACUCUGUGCAGGAGUGCAUACUGAUACACAAGAGCAAGCAUAACACCGCCGCCAUCGCUGCCCAGGGUGACACGCAGGACAAUGGCCGUGGACGGGUCGGCGGCGGGCCAGGAUCAUACAUCGAAUGGCCGCUGCACUCGCUGCCCAAACUGAUGCCCAAUCUGCGAGUUCUCAGCAUCCACUGCAACAUUCAGGUGCACUUCAUUGAGCGCUUCACACAGCUGGAGCUGUUGUUCCUCAAUGCCGGCAUCUCGCAGGGCGCCAUAACGGGCGUCUUCGAGCGCUGUCGCCAGCUGAGGAAACUGAUCAUGUUGGAGGAGUGCGACACGCCCCUGGAUCUGAGCGGUGUGCUCAAGUGUCCCAACCUGUGCGUCAUUUCGGUGCCCGUCAGCAUAUUUGCGAAUCAGCGCGAACUGCUCGCCACCUUGCCCAAUCAGGAAUUCAUUGAGUUGACCCACUGCGGUCGCAACAGUCGCCUGACUGUCGACUGCCUGCACACCAUAUUCGGCCUGAAUGCCCGUCACAUUGCGGGCAUCCAAAUGGACUGCAGCUUUCUGGAGAAUGGUGCCCAGGGCCUGACGGGCAUGGCCAUGGGUCGUCUGAAGCGCGUCCUUAAUAUCCGGCUGAUCAAUUGUGACUUUCAGGACGCUGCCAUUGACAGUCUCGAUCUGCCGGAUGUGCAGUGUUUUAUUGUGCUGAACCGAUGCCGCAAUGUGACCAAUAAUCAUGUGCUGGGCAUGCUGGAGCAAUGUCCGCGGCUGCGGCAGCUCUAUGUCCUGGGCGGUCACCGGCUGACGGGCACUCUACUGCAUGGCAUCUGUCGCCUGCGCAGCGAGCACAAUCCCGGCUAUCCAUUGAACCUCAUAGUGACCAACUGCCAGACACUCCUCCAGAAUUACAACUCAUUGUACGCGGAAUAUUGGCAGAGCAAGCAGAACAUUUUACAGGUUGAGUGCUACAACGGCGCCCAAAGCCUCACGACUGAUGUCCAAUUGUAUUUGCGCGACACCCGGCCAGACCAUGCCCAGCUGCCGCCACAUGCUUCAAUUGUUGACUGACUGACUAGUGCCCCCACGAGUGUCGCCAGCGAGAGCCCAUAGAUAAUAUUUUGGAGUUUCAAAUAAAGUAAAGACAAUGCCCGAUGUCUGUCACAAACAAACACACACCAAACACACACACACCUGUGUCUUUUGCUUGUGCAAUUUUCCAUGAUUUCUAUUUUGGACAGAGGCUUUUCUUUGUCUCGCUAUUCACUCUUUUAA